AAAACCACCAUCACUCGUGGCCACAGCUGCGUCGCCUGUGCUAAUCGAAAAGUGCGUUGUGAUGGCCAAAGACCGUGUUCAACAUGUCGAAGGUCUGCCACACAGUGUCUUUCGAAGCCUGUUCAACCUGCCCGCGCUAAGCGUACGAGAAGAGCUCGCCAGCCUAGCACUAUCCGAAGCACUACUCCUGACAGCUCCAAAGUCGUCGAAUCCAGUCUUUGUGAGCUUGUAAAUGAACGAGGCCACUCGCGCUACGUCGAAAACGUAAUGUGGGUCGGUGUAGGCAAAGAACUCUCAGCUUUCUCUGGCCAGGAUGAACCAGAUCUAGACAUCGAUUCCCCCUCCGACACGAGUCCCGCUUCGAUUCUCGGCGAGGGGCUUAUCUUUGGGCAAUCUGUUGUCAACCUCUCUGAUAAACAUCCCGACCCAAGUCGCAUCAUCUGGCUUUGGUCAACUUAUCUCGAGAAUGUGAACAUUCUCGUAAGAAUUCUGCACAUUCCAACCGUGCAGCCUUUGAUCUUGAACAUGGCUUCAGAUCCAACUAGACCGAAAACAAAGGAAGCGCUUCUAUUCUCGAUUUAUUUAGCUGCCAUCUGCUCUGUACCCCAAUGUGAUUACGCCGAAGCUGAAAGGAUUAUGGGUCAACCAAUCGGUGAAUCAAUCCAGUUGUACACUGGACUGGCGCAACAGGCCCUAAUCAACGCACGCUUUCUGCAGACCCCCAACUUCCUCACACUUCAGGCUUUGGCACUCUUUCUCGUUGCGCAGCGAGCUCGACUUGACCCUCAAACAAUGUGGCAAUUGACUGGAGUAGCAAUCCGGAGCGCUCAGCAGCUAGGAUUUCAUCGAGAAAAAGCACUUACAAGUCCAUCCGUGUCUGUCUUCCAAGCCGAAUUGCGUCGACGCUUAUGGUGGGAGUUGACGCUUCUCGAAAGCUUUGCUGCUAAACAGUGUGGCGUCAUGUCUAUCAUCUCAUUCCGGUCUCUCUGGGAUACUAAUCGACCUCUGAAUAUCAACGACUCAGCUCUUCACCCAGAGACGCAGGAUGUCCCUCAUGGCGUUCCUGGUAUUACAGAAACGAGCUUUUGCAGCGCUCGAUUCGAAGUUGGAGAACUAACGAUUAGAUACACCUCUCCUGACAGGACCCUGCAAGAUCCCCGUGAUGUAGAUGUCGCCAUCGAAGAGUUACAGCAGCGUCUCGAGAACAGGCUUUUGAAGCAUUGCGACCCUUCGAUUCCAUGGCACAAAUUGCUGCGGUUAUUUUGCAGAGGCGCUCUUGCACGUAUCAAACUAACUGUACAACGACACCAGAUGUUUGCCAGCUCUGGCCUGUCUCUGGACCAAAGAGACAGUACUUUCUUGCUUUGUCUGCAUCUGGUCGAAGCACCGAACAGCUUUACAAGAGACAAGGCGUUACAAAAAUAUCUUUGGCAAGCCAACGCUUUCUUCGCCAUCGACGCAUUCAUGUUCUUGCUGGGAGAAAUUGCCUAUCGAACCAUCGAACAACCUUUGCCGGUGCCACUGGGGACUGUAUGGGCAGAGAUAGAGAAGGCAUUCGACAGCCAACCACGUCUCCUAUACGACGAAAGUAAUGCCAUCUAUAGUGCAGUUAGAAAUCUGUCCCUCAAGGCUUGGGAGAAAACUUGUGGUCAAAAUGCUGAGCAGGCUGUACCUCAGUUCAUACGAAUUCUCCGGUCGAGAUCAGCAACCACUAACACUUCUGGAGAAGUGACGCAUACAGCUGCUUUAAACACUUCUACAGGGGACGUAGCUGAGACGAACACCUUCGAUGGAAACGAAUUCAACUUUGAUCUAGAUAGCCUGGACCCAAACUGGAGUAAGAUAGCUAUUCCGGACGAUCAAGAAUUCUGGGAGUAUUGGCAGCAGUUUGCUGCAGAUGAGACUGGGUUA